AUGUCGACGCAAGUAUAUGCGAGUGUACCAGAUGAUGGGCAUAUGACAAGCGAUGAAACAGCCAUUGACGAGAGAUGGGAUGAUACCGGCCCAAUUAUUGGAGAUCUUCGGGAUAGACCCGCCAUUGAAAUAAAACUGCGUGAUGUGUUUAUUGAUCCCCAUUUACGAGUGAGUCAACGAAUCUUUUGUUUAGGUAAGCGUUUUAUGAAUUUGUUCUUCGCGACAAGGCCAACAAAAGGUUCAAUCAGAGGUGCGCAAAGACAAGAGAUGGCGCACCCUUGACU